AUGGCAUUUCAGUAUGGUGGAGGAGGAAAUCUUUUAGAUGAGUGAAACAGUCCCAAUAACCCCAAAAAAUUCAAACAGCCAGAUUUGAAAUAUUUUAUGUAAAACUUAUAUAGAAAUUGCUCGAAUCAAAGGCUUUACUUAAUCCUUCCUCCCUCCGUGAGCAAGCAACACAUUCGAAAAAUCCUUAUUUUGAUAAAAAACUUCCUCGAGCAAGCAAAAAAUUAAGUUUAAGAAAUAGUUUUGAUAUUUUAUUAAAUAAAUAAAUAAAUAAAUUACCAAAUAUAAAUUUUAUACUUUACUGCAAGUUUUGACAGGAGAUCUAAAUUUUAAAAAAAGUAUUAAAUGAUACUUUUGCAGGCACGCAUAAAGAUUUGUCUUCAUGUAUGUGUGUUAGUAAAAAGAGGAAAUGGGCUGAUAGAUACAAUGAUAUCUCAAAAAGAGAGUAUUGAAAAACUAAAAGAAGUUAAAAGCCUGAAAGCUAUAAAGGCUCAAAACCUCAAAAAGAAAAGAUAUAAAGCUUCUCUUGAAUCCAUCAGAGAUAUCAGGAAGAAUCACGAAAAUGGUUCUAGCGUCAGAGAUUUUUCAGACGUUUACCUAUUCCUUAUAAUUUCAAAAAAUUUAAAUUUUCCAUUUUAUUUUAAAAAAUUCGAAAAAAAAUAACUUUCUUAAAGCAAAGAUUUAGAAACUGACUCAGAGAAAUCCUUCGAAUCCAAAAGCUCACACUUACACACAUUUUCAGCAACAAAUUUAAGCCCGAAAAAAAUUCCCUUCUUCGAUGAGAACUUGAAAUUAAGCGCCGAACUGGUCGAAUACUUUGAAAACCCUAGCUUUGACAAAACUCUUGAGCAAAAAAAGCUCGAUAAUUUAGUUGAAUAUUUUCAAGUAAAACUUAUAUAGGAAAGAUAUAAAUUAAUAUCCCGAGAACUGAAAGAAAAUGAGUACAGAAAAAUGAUCACAAAAAAGAUUAAAAAAUUAGUUAAAAAAUUCUUCAAAAAAAAGCCUGAAAAUAAUAAAAAUCUCGCAAGAUUUAAUACCAAGAGGAGAGGAGGAAUAAAUAAACAAGUAAUGCCUAUUUAGACCUUCCAAUUUACAAUGCAAAAAAAAAUGAAUGAAAUUGAUGAAAAAAUUCAAAGGCAUAUAGAAUUACUAAUAGCUGAAGAAGCUACGAGAAAAGAACAGAUGAAUCAGCUGCCUUCGUUCCCGUCUAGAUCUAAAAGUCCAGAGAAAAAGCAAGUCGAAAAAAGCUUAAGGCGGUAUUUGGAUCUUGAGUGCAGCACCAUGGAUAAAGAUGCAGAUAAAGAUAUGGAAACUGAAAAGAGCCAAAUUAAAAUGAAGCUAGGGAUUGAUAAAGUAUUAGCUGAAGCACGAAAACAAAGAAUAUUUAAAAGUCUUGACGCUAAAGCCAAUGGGAUGUCCUUCAAUUUAGAACGUGGUGAGUGGAUGCCAAAUCUGAAUAAAUGCAAUUCUAUAAAUGGAUUGAAAAAGAUGAAAAAAAAUACGAAAAAUACUUUAUCGCAAAUAAUCGAAAUGGGAAAAUUACGAUUUCAAGGGAAAUAA